CCACCACUCCUAGGCUUGAAGGCGCUACUCCAAACUCCAAACUCCAAAGCACCUUCACCCUCUCGAAUCUCAAUAACAUUCUCUCUCUCUUUUCCACUUUAUUCCAAAACUGGACCUCACUUUACCCCAAUCUAAACCCGAACCCGAACCAACCAUGUUCGGACCAGCCCAAUCCACUUCCGAACCUCCGAAAUCCACUCUCAAAUUCCUCUGUAGCUACGGCGGCAAAAUCCUCCCUCGCUACCCCGACGGCAAGCUCCGCUACCUCGGCGGCCACACCCGCAUCCUCGCCGUCGAUCGCUCCAUUCCAUUCUCCGAGCUAUUGCUGAAACUGGAGGAGCUCUGCGGCGCCUCCGUGAGGCACCUCCGCUGCCAAUUACCCUCCGAAGACCUCGACGCUCUCGUCUCCAUAACCUCCGACGAAGAUCUCGCAAAUCUCAUCGAGGAAUACAACCGUGUUUCGUCGCUGAAAAUCAGAGCCUUCCUCUCGCCGCCCACGCCGCCGAGAUCGCCGAACAAGUUUUCCACUGCUCCGUCGAAAUCGGCGUCCAUCUCCUCCUCCUCCGCUUCGUCAUCGUCGUCGUCUUCAUCGUAUUACAGCCCUACCGGCUCCGGUGAAUCUGGCCGGAGAUACAGGGCUCCGGCGCUGGUUUCAGACUGCUGCGUACAUCAGAUGUCGCAGCCGCCGGCGUAUCCGGUCGGCAUGGAGAAAUCGAAAUCCUCCGGGAGGAAUGUUCCUCUGCCGCGGUACGGUUACCACCACGGGAACGGUGGACACGUUUAUCUGAUCCACAACGGGAACCACUGGCAACAGCGUUACGGUGUCGUUUAGAAGGAAUAUUGAAAUACUGGAACUGAAGUACUGAGAUUAAGACGCAGGUGUUACUAUAGAAAGAAAUUGAUAAACGGAAAUUUACGAUGAUAUAUAAUAUAAUUAAACGAAGAUGAAAUACCAAAAAAAAGAAAAAAAGAGGGAAAGGAAAGAGUUCUGAAUAUAUCUGUGAUGUAAAGUGGGGACUGUAAAAAAAAAAACCUUGACAAGGAUUGCGGUUUUAGUAGCUCUUGAUCCUUGAUUGCCCAUUAAUGAAUUUCGCUCCAAUUUCGUGUUUCCUUUCGCUCCGUUUUGUAAUGACGGUUUAACUGAUGGCUGAAA